AUGCCGGAGAUGUUGUGCAUGCCGAAUGUACGAAGUAGACAGCCGCCCAUUCCCAGGCUGGACCAAGAAGCUGCCUGGGGCGACAGGCACUCCACAGGCUCAGGCUCUCAGACGAGCCACGUGAGCAAUCUGAGAGGAAAUGCCUCGCCUCCGUUCGUGGCGCUACUCGACCAGCUCCUCCGGCAGCAUGUCAUGGAGGUAUCGAAGCUGCCGCCCAGGGACCCGCAGAGGGAGCCGCAGAGGGAGCCGCAGAAGCCGACGAGGCGGAUCUCGCAUCUUUCGGCCGCGAAAGUGCGAGUGAACGAUCGCCAAGGGUCGGAGUGCUCCGAGGUGUCCGACAACAGCGGGGCAAGUGAAGCUUCGCAGUCAGGAUUCAACAACCUCAAGAAUAAGCGGAAGAGCAGGGUCCCUGCCAUGCUGGAAGAAGGCGCGCCGGAGUUUCAAGAGCUGCAAGAGCAGUUCAUGAGCAGCAUCAAUCAGCCAGAUGAGGAGACGUCGACACCUGACCUGCGAAACCUCCUUGGGCACGACGAGUCGGAGGAGUACACGUCGGAGGAGCAGCGCAGGUCCAAGUGGAAGCGCUUGAAGGCCUUUCUACAGUCAGCACGCUAUGAGAUGUGCGUAGCAGGGCUCCUGUGCGUGAACGUGCUGUGGAUGGCCUGGGAGUUGCAAUUCUCAGGGAACCUCGUGGGCUUGGAAAUUGGUGUCUAUGACACCACUGAAGUGUCCAACGAGAGCUGGCAAUCCUGGGAGCUCUUCUUCACUGUGGGUGACCUGGCCUUUACCGUCCUCUUCACCCUGGACGUCAUGGUGCGCGCCAGCGUGUUGCAGUGCAAAUUCUGGAAGGUUCCGCUGAACUACAUCGACGUGGCAGUCAGCGCGACCUCAAUCUUCGAGGUUGCUGUCUAUUACGGGAAUGCGUUUCCGGUGAACCCCAUCUUGUUCCGGCUUCUCCGGAUCGGCAAACUGGCACGGGCCAUCCGAAUGGUGACCAUGAACAGCGUCCUGGCAUCGCUCCAGUUGCUCAUCAAGUGCAUUGGUGCCAGUGCGAACAUGCUGUUUUGGAGCUUUUGCCUCCUCACCUUCGUGCAGUGCGUGGCUGGAAUGGUUGCCAGCACCCUUUGCCGAGAUUUCAUCAGUGAUGAGACCCAGAGCAUGCUGCUCCGGGAGGAAGUCUUUCGCUUCUACGGCACAUUCACUCGAACGUUCCUGACGAUGUUCGAGAUUUUGUUCGCCAAUUGGAGCCCACCAUGUAGGGUGCUCGUGGAAAACAUCAGUGAAUGGUUCUCCAUCUUCUUCUUGCUCUACCGGUGUGUCCUUGGAUUUGCAGUCCUCAACGUUGUAAACGCGGUGUUCGUGCAGCAGACGAUGAAAACUGCAAGCUCUGACGAAGAGCUGGCUUUCAAGCAGAAGGAGCGGGACGUGGCCCUGUACACUCGCAAGGUAAAGAAGCUAUUCCAGAGUAUGGACUCUUCUGGCGAUGGGUCGAUCAACAAAGAGGAGUUUUCCAAGCUUGUGAACUCGCCAAUGCUCAAGUUCUGGAUGGGACAGCUCGAGUUGGAGUACCAUGACUUGAUGAGCCUCUUCGAGUUCCUAGACAAUGGGGAUGGAGAGAUCACGCUGAUGGAAUUCAUCGAAGGGGCAGCACGACUCCGAGGUGGUGCGAAAGCCCUGGACAUCUGGCGAAUUGAAACGAAGCUGGAGGUUCUUUUCGCGGAGGUCUUGGGCGUCCUACGCGGAGACAAAGAUGUGCAGCUUGUUUUCGAAAACUCCACGUACCAGCACAUCAGAGCCACGGAUGAGCGACGUCGGGGUGGUUCCAUGGUCGAGUCGCAUGCAACCGACACGUGCGACGCGAGAUUGUCUGAUGGGGUCGGGCCGGCCUCAUCUACUGCCACAACGCCCACCAGCCGUCCGAGAAGCAGUAUUGGCCAGAUGCCCGAAGCCAUUUGA